AUGGCUGCCACAGCCACAACCCAAAACAAAACGCACCAUCACCAGUCCCGCACCUGUUGGUACCGUGCGCGUCCUCGCAUCUAUGUCAAAACUACGCUGCACUUGCGUGCAGCCGUGAUGUUUCGAGGGGGACUGGAUGCCCCCGGCUCCAAGUCCUGCUGGACCCUUGAGCUGGCUUGGACACGAAGAUACUUUGGCAUCGAAUACUCAGUCAUCGAUGGUCGCAUCGCUCAGUGCCAUGCUCGUAAAGUCGCCGAUUAUGUGCCGAUUUGCAAAUAUGACGCAGAGUCGAAGAUCGGGCUUUUAGGCCUUAUCACAGAGUGGGAAGGCGUAUCAGGUACGGAGUUCGAGGGAAAUUGUUCAGGGAUCAUGGCGCUGAAGUUGGAACUGGUGCAAGAAGUUGUUCGAUGCUUCAAGACCCAGGCCUGGGGACGAAGAAAAGUAUCAACGGGCACACAAACAUGGACAGCACUUGCCUACGGGGCGAUCGUACUGUAUGACGAAAACCAACAUGCCAUAGUUAAACGCGACGAAAAGUAA